AUGCCCUCUCACAACCUCCGCGUCUUCCUCUGCCUCACGCCCUCCCUCCUCGUCCUCGCCUUCUCCGGCCUCAUAAUAGUCCUCGAGCGCAUAACCCAAUCCCUCCUCCGCUCCCACACCACACGCAACUUCCGCGACGGUUCAGCCGGCAUAACAUCCCCGGGCACCGACCUCACCGUCAAUGAAGACUACGCGCCGACAUGGGCCUUGCUCGGCGUCGGCGUGCUCGGCGCGCUAUUCGCGUGUAUGAGCGCAGCGGGGAUGUGGGAGUUGAGGCGCGUAGAUGGCAGGAGAGGCGCAGGGCAGCGAAUAUGGUGUUGGGGCGUGCUAUGCAUGAACGCUGUGAUGCUGGGUGUUAGCGUGGGCGUACUUGCUUGGGCGAGUAGCCUGCAGGCUGCGCAGAGCGGGGUGAAUAUGAAGGAGGACAAGGCAUAUUCGAGAGAGACGUGGUUGUGUCGGAUUGAUGCUUUGUACACAGAUCAGGAUUGGGCGGCGAGUGCGUGUGGGACUGCGAAAUCAACGCGAUUCAUGCUCAUUCCUGUGGCUAUCGGAUCUAUUCUCGCGAUCAUCGCUGUCUGGUUUGCUGCAAAGCCGAGAGGUGGCACCAGUUGGCUUGUCGGUGGCAAAGGACGCUAUGGAGGCUUCCAGAGCGUGUACGAGAUGGGCCCUCAAGGACCACCGCCGCAGUAUCAACAUGCGCCUCCACAAUUCUACCCCAUGUCUCAGGCUCAUCCGCAGCAGCAAGGUAAUCCGCAACCUGGUUAUGCGAUGCCACCGCAAGGUUUCCGGCCUGAACCAUAUCAACCUCCUCCAGGCUCGUAUGCACCUGCGCCGCAGAUGCAGAAGGGCGGUGCGGUGGUUGGGGAUCCGGCCUUGUUUCGAACAUGA